UUGACCAUGUAUUGUGCGCGCACAAGCACAUUCAAACGCAAGUAGUUUCAGUAGUUGGUAGCAGCGGUUAUUGAUACGACAUAUUGGUACAGACUGAUUUAGUGAUUAACGAUGGAAGCGGUAUCCAUACAGCAAUUAGAGACCUUGAAAUACUCCGAGCUGCAGAAGUUAGCGAAGAAAGUGGGCCUCAAAGCUAAUCUCAAGGCUGAUAAACUCCUGAAGGCUUUAAAGGCACAUUUCCACCCGGAGACCAGAGCAGAUACUAGUGCACAGGAUUCAGAGACCAAUUCUUCUGAUGCUGAUGAAUUAAAUAGUAGCCAAGAGGAGUGUCAAGUUACUGGAUCUCAUGUCACUCACCGUCGUGGUAAGGACCAGAAGACCAUCCAAAGUGAAAUCUUAUUGAAAUUGCAAGAUGAUGAUGAUGUAGUGAAUGAACCUGUGAUUAAUCCCUUGGAGAUUGGUCACCAACAGAGAGACCACGCUGAGGAGAAAGCUGAAGUAAAAAGGAAAAGCCCAUUUUCUGAAACAAAACAAAGAAAAAGAUCCUGGACAGAGUCUGAGGGAGAUAACCAGGCUGCUUCACAAAGCAAGAAAAGGAGUCCAAGCCGAUCUAAAUCCUCUGCUGCUAAUGGGGCCACCCCUAAUGGCAAGAUACCAAGAUAUGCUGGAAGCUUGUCUAAACCUGGAUCAAAACCCACCACACCAAACUUUAAAAAGUUACACGAGGCUCACUUCAAAAAAAUGGAAUCCAUAGACAAGUACAUGGCACGAAAGCAAAAACGUCUGGAUGCAGUGGGCAGCUCCAUCCAAGAGGUGAAGAUGUUAGCCAAGAAAACAAACCUUCUUAAACUUAUUGAGAAAACACCUGUCAGCAGUUCAAAGAAAACUCUGAAGGGCAGGGUGUCUUUAAAGAGCCCCAAGCCAAAGGCGCAUGAGGUAUCCCCUGCUUGUACACCUGUCAACAAGAGAUCCUCCACUCGUAUUAGUACGACUAACAAGAGUAUUCUGGUUGAUAGAUCUGUAUUCAAACCUUCUGUAUUUUCUUCAUCCAAAAUGAAUGUCAGGUUCUCUGAGGCAACAAAAGAUAAUGAGCAUAAGAGAUCUCUUAUUAAGACCCCAUCCAGGAAGUCCUCUUGCUUUGUAGCAGUCACUCCUAGUAGUGAUAUCAGGAGAUCCCUGUCUGCCAUCAGAAAGGGUGACAUGAACAUUUCUGCAGAGAAAUCCAGUCAGCAAGUUAUCACUCCAUUUAAGUUUAGUGCUGAAAAUACAGAAACUCCAACUACAAGCAAAAAGUCCAAAUUUGAUCUCCAGGCGAGCCUUGCACGACCACUUGGAUACCAGCCUCAUAAAGGAAAGCUUAAACCUUGGAAUGAUGGAAAAGAAAAUAGUUCUGGCUUAAAGAGUAAUGUUUCCCUUCUGAAGAGUAACUACAAGCAGCCUCUUCUACAAAACAGAGACGACAGGCGUAAUCAGCAAGAGCAGGGCAGAAGAAACAAGAGAAAUCAAACUGUUGGAACACGUAGAGGCGUCCUUGCCAAAUAGAUAUUUUUUUUUAUUUUAUUUUUUACCUAUUUUAAUGGCAGCUUAUUUUGUAGUCCUGUAAAUACCAUGUUCCUUUAUUGUCUUUUUUGUAAAUAUUUUUUUGUAUUGUAUACAUUUUUAAAUGCAAUCUUUCCAGCGAGAUAGAUAUAGUGUGUGUAUGUGUGUGUGUGUGUGUGUGUGUGUGUCUAUAUAUAUAUAUAUAUAUAAAAAUUCCAAGCUUAGUUUUUUCAAAACAGCUGAUUGUGGGAAGGUAUUUUGCUCUCUUGUUUUAAAGAUAAAGCGAUUAAUUGCACUCUAGUUAGAUGCCUUUCAGAUGUUUAACAAUAAGGAGAAAUCUUAUUGUUUAGGGCAGUUCUGUAUAUUUAAAAUGAAUGCUUACAGUUAAAUAAACUUGCAUGCUUAACUGAAGUGUUUUAAACUUAAAA